AAUAAUUUGGUUAUUGAAAAUGAUUGUUAUACAUAAACACACAAAUUGUAAAGUUCGUUCAAAUCAAUUCCAAAUCUUAUAAUUGCGAUGGGAUGAUGAUGAUAAGCGCAGAGCCAAAACAGUUAGGAGUUGAAAUUUGGUACACUGUUAGGGUGUCGUGAGAAUGCACACUAAAGGGAUUUUUCAAAAUUCUUCCCCUGUGGGGGAAAGAGAAGGGAUAAAUAUACAUUAUACAUUUAUAAACAAGUCUCAUUUAUAAUAGGGUUGGCCUACAACACCACUUCACACCUAUAGUUAUAAGAGGGGGGUUUUAACUCCGCCCUAUGGGCACUAAGAGGGCCUCUUUUUAGCAAGCCCAUUGAGUUCGGGGAGGCCGGGUGGUGAAGAACGGGGCCCGACAUAUCCGGACGAAUCGCCCCCAAAAAAUUCUAGGGGAUUUUUCGAUCCCGGGUCCCCACAGCAUAUCCACAACAUAGGACGAAGGUGCAUUUCGGUACGAUCGUGAAAUGGAGGUAAGGUAGGCAUUAUGGGAAUGCUCGACGUCACUUUUUUUAUUAUAUGUCGUAAAUAUUAGAAUCGAAUUUCCUCGUUUCAAAUUGUCUUGAAAACACGUCAAUAUUCCGUCAGUAAAUUUAGUUUGAUAUGGUAAUGCAACACACAAGUGAUCUGCCAAUAGAAUCUUUCUAUGAGAUACUGGCCCCUAUAUACGUAGAAAACAUUACAUUGGUCGGCCAAUUAGUGAAGUACUUCAUUAAAUAAGGCAAUGAUAAUACAAUAUAUUUUAUAAAGAAGGGCUGACGAAUUUACACUUUAAUAAAAAAUACGUCAGAGAUUAAAAUGUCACUUUUGCCAGGAACAACAAUCUAUCUACAGAGUAUAUAAAUAAAAAUGUAAAUUUUCAUUUGUUCAAAAUCUUAAAUCACCGAAAGUUCUUCACCGAUUGCUUUGAAAUUUUGACACAACGUUGCAUUCGAAUACACGCGUGUUUUUAUAUCGAAAUUCCCCGAGAGGGGAGAGGGAGGAAAUUAAGGCUUAACCUGAAGAACUACUGUACUACUAAUGUAAUAUUUUAAAUGCGAUUUUUUGUUUCCGGUGGUAAUAACUUAAUUUCCAAACGUACAAAAUUUACGUUUUACGAUUUUAUAACCAAAUGUUCGAAUUUGUUAUUGCAUAUUGAUUCGAUUAUAGAACAAUUGUAAACGUUCCAGAAAUUUGAUCAGAUUGAAAACUUUCCUUUGAAGCAGUAAAAUGAUUCUCAGCAAUAAAGGAACAGGAAUUAUUUACGAUGAUCGGAUGGUCCAACACCUUUGCCUUUGGGAUCCGAAUUAUCCGGAAUGCCCGGAAAGAUACGCACAAUCCCUCAAAAGGUGCAAAGAGUAUGGGCUAAUUGAUAGAUGUCUUCGAUUACCAGCUAGAAGUGCAACAGAAGAGGAAAUAUUAUCAAUCCACAGCAAAAAUAUAUACGAAGUAGUAAAAGGGACAGAGAGCGAAAAUGACGCGGAGAAAUUGGAAAAAUUAGCAGCGAAAUAUGAUAGUGUCUAUUUUCAUCCCAAAACAUUUGAAUCUGCCAAACUAAGUGCAGGUUGCACUAUAGAAUUGGUUUCAGCUAUAUUAGAAAAUAAAGUAAAAAAUGGAAUGGCCAUUGUUCGUCCACCCGGUCAUCAUGCUAUGUUUGAUGAAGUCUGCGGUUACUGUUUUUUCAACAAUGCUGCUUUAGCUGCUCAGCAUGCAUUGGAACGUUAUAAAUUGAAGAGGAUAUUGAUUGUAGAUUGGGAUGUUCAUCAUGGGCAGGCAACUCAGUAUCAGUUUUAUAAGGAUCCUAGGGUUUUAUACUUCAGUAUUCAUCGAUAUGAACAUGGUGCUUUCUGGCCAGAACUAAGAGAAUCAAAUUAUGAUUUUAUAGGUGAAGAUCAAGGAAAAGGAUUCAACAUAAAUGUCCCUUUAAAUGAGACAGGACUGGGAAAUGGAGACUAUUUAGCUAUUUUUAACAACAUCCUUCUGCCCAUUGCGUAUGAAUAUUCUCCAGAGUUAGUAAUUGUUUCAUCAGGAUAUGAUGCAGCUGUAGGUUGUCCUGAGGGAGAAAUGGAAGUCACUCCAUCUGCAUAUGCACACUUUAUACAUUUAUUGAAGGGAUUAGCUAAUGGAAGAUUGUGUGUUAUACUUGAAGGAGGUUAUUUUAUUUCUUCAUUGGCUGAAGGAGUUGCAUUGACUUUAAGAUCAUUACUUGGUGAUCCUUGUCCAAAUUUCGGUAAAAUCUUGCCUCCAAAGAAAAGUCUUAUUGAAACUAUUUGUAAUGUAAUUGCUGUUCAAAGACCUUAUUGGCGCAGCCUUCAACUUCAAGGAGCAUUUCAAGAAGAUAAAAGUGAUGAUAAAUGUUUAAAUAGAAUAAGACAUUAUCCAAAAAUUGAAUACAGAGGAAAUGAAAAGCCAGAGAUAUAUGACACUAGAGAUUUCUAUAAUGUUCACAGUCCUGAACGAAAAGCAGAACUUGAGCUAAGGAUUCGGCAAUUGAUUUUGGAUACAAAAUUAGAUGUUCCUCUUUGGAAAACUUGCAUAGCUUAUGAUGAAGAGAUGGCAUGUCAUCAAAAUAUGUUUGAAAAACAUAUAGAAAUUCCAGAAAGGAUUAGAUUGAGUUAUAAAAAGUUAAAGUCUUUAGGCUUAUUUGAUAAAUGUCUUAGUUUGAAGUCUAGAUAUGCAACUGAAGAAGAGUUACUUCUUGUCCACAGUAAUGAUUUAAUUCAAAAAAUGAAGGCUUCAGAAUCAAUGACAUUGGAAGAACUAACUGAAUUAAAUAAAGAAUUUUUUUCAUUUGCUGUUUAUAUAAAUAAGGAUUCUUAUAAGAGUGCGAAGUUGGCAGUUGGAUGCUUAUUGGAAACUGUAGAUUCAGUUUUAUCUGGACAAAGUUCAAAUGGAAUUGCUGUAAUUCGACCCCCUGGUCAUCAUGCAGAUUAUUCACAACCUGCAGGUUUCUGUAUUUUUAAUAAUGUUGCUAUUGCAGCAAAAUAUGCAUUACUUCAUCAUUCUCUAAACAGGAUAUUAAUUGUAGAUUGGGAUGUCCAUCAUGGUAAUGGAACACAGAAUAUAUUUUAUAAUGAUCCAAGAGUAUUAUUUAUAUCAUUUCAUCGUUAUGAGAAUGGACAAUUUUAUCCUUAUGUGAAAAGUUCAAGUUAUUUAGGAGUUGGAUGUAAUGAAGGUGUUGGCUAUAAUAUUAAUAUAUCAUGGAAUACUGAUGAAGAAAAUAAUGGAAUGAAAGAUGCCGAUUAUCUAUCGGCUUUUUUCCACAUCAUUAUACCUGUCGCUUAUGAGUUUAAUCCUGAAUUGAUAUUGGUUUCUGCUGGCUUUGAUUCAGCUGAAGGAGAUCCAUUAGGUGGUUGUGAAAUUUCACCAGAAUGUUAUGGACAUAUGGUUCACCUUCUAAAAACACUUGCUGAAGGGAAACUAAUUGUAGCUUUAGAGGUAUGCAUAAUGUAUAAUUUAAUUUAUUGA